GGCCGGGAAACACAGCGUCAUUGGCGGAUACGUCGUCAGAGAGCAACCCCUUCUUCCCCUCGUCCACGCCUCUCAUCCUUUCAUCAUCAUCUCACGUCAGCAGUGGAAUAGAAGUUCCGCCUAGCGAUACCAAAUAGGAUUGUCGUCAAAUAACAAACACACAACGUGACAAAUGGAGCCGCUCGCCAGGAUGACGGAUGGCGGCUGUCACGCCGAUGCUAGUCAUAACAACGCCCGCCUUUACGUGUUCCGCCGUUUAGCCCGCGUCCUUAUCCGCGCCUGCGCUUGCUGACUGAUGUGCUGUGUGUGUGUUUGCGCGCAGACGGCUAGCAAGCUACGGGUCGCGGAUAACAAGACCGACCCAAAAACACAAUGAGCUCAGCUGUAAUCUGUCUUGUCUGGACACACACACACGCACACACACACGCGUUGCUAAGGAAGUCAAGGCCAGUCAGGCUAAUAAUAACAAUCAGCAAGUAAUAAUAGUAAUAAUCUUCACGGCAAACAAAGUGCGUCAAACAGGAAGAAUUAAGAGGGUAGUUUAACGUCAUUGUCAAACCCAAACACACCUCAUACCUUUAGAUGCCACCAGAGGGUGCUACUCACCAGAAUGUACAAAGUACAAACAGAAUUUUUCAUUUGAGAAUUUUUUGUUUGUUAUUGACAUAAAUUGCAGUGGCAUUACAUUUGUUGUGUUUUCCGAUUAUUGUCGCGUUCGUUGUUACGAUAUUUGUUGUCUGUUAGCAUCCAUUGUGUUAUGUUGUAUACCUUAUGUCAGUUUUCCUUUCAUUGUUCCGUUUUUUUUUUUUUUUUUUUAAUUUUCAUUUGUUUUGUUAUGUUGAUCACGUUAUAUUUUUUCGUGUUGGAAAUUGGGUUUUCUUUCUUGUUGUUUUACACUUGUUGAGAAGCAUUUGGUUUUUCACAUCAGUUGUUAGUUGUGACAAAAACACAAGCUGAAAACACUUCCAAAGAGCUGCUGUCGGCCACAACUCUCACUCGGACGCUCGCACGCAGACUAACUUCAUAAACUGACUUCAUAAGAGAAACUUCAUAAAAGCAGUUUAAGAGUAGUCUAUUCAUUUUAUUUUUAGCAGCGAGAAAUUUUGACAGAAAUCAUAAAAAUAAGAAAUUUUUAACUAUCCCCAAAAAAUGUUUUAAUCUUGGUCUUGAAAAGGGCUGAUAUUGGCCGAUUAAAUUGCCCUGCCGACAAUCUGCUGCCUGGUGGGCGGUGCCUGAUAUGUAAAUUAGCUUGUCUUAACGCUCUUCAUCAUUUCAAAACGUUAAAAACUAUCCUGCCACUUUUUUAACAAGAAAAAAAAGUCAAGUUUUCAUCUUUCCCGUGUCAGUUUGCAAGUUCAAAGUUCACAUGUAGGUUGCGCGUCACCAGGGACAAUGUGUGUGCACGCGCCUGUGUGCGCGUGUGUCAGUGGUCCGAGAAAAGAGAGUGGGGGGUGUGAGCGGCACACGGUCACGUGCUGCUUUUUUUGGCUGUGGAGGCGCGCAGGACGCGCAGGACACAUCAUCUUCCUCUGCUUCUUCAUCCUCCUCUUCUUUGGGGUCGAAGAGUGGGAGAGAGCAAGAGAGGGAGAACAAGAAAGAGAGAGACAGGGCUUGCGUGUGUGUGUGCGUGUGUGUGUGUUCCUCCAUGAAGAAGAAGAAUCGAGGUCGGACGUCAGCGCUCCUCAGCCGCACACACGCACGCAGCCUCACCGUACCGACGGCGUGGCGCCAUGCUGAAGCCGGGCGAGGCAUCGGCGGCGGCGGCGGCGGCGGCGUCGGCCUUCCUCAAAGUGGACGCGUCGUCCUACCUGCAUCACUGGCAGCAGCUUUUCCCGCACACCCCGCUCAAGCCGCCCCUACCCGCGCCCUCGGGACCCCCCCACUGCACCUCGUCGGGGGCCGCCCUGGCGCCCGCCUCCUCCUCCUCCUCCAUGGUGGUGGCCCAACUUCCUCUCGGCCAGCACAUGGCGCUCUAUGGGCAGGCCCUGGCUCCGGUGGGCCCCGGGGGUCCCGGAGGGGAUGCGGUGGGGGUGGGCCCCCCUGCUGAGAACCCCGCGUUGGGACGCCUGCUGCAGGUGAAGGAGCAGAGCUGCGGGGGCGUCGGGGUGGUAUCGUCCAGCGUGAAGAGCGUCAGCGGCGAGGAAGGCGGCAGGACGUCCAGCACCGUGCAGACCGGGGGCAGGAUGAAGCUGACCGCCGAGGAGUUGGACUACUUCCUCUACGGGCAACAGAGGAUGGAGAUCAUACCCAUCAGCAGCCACAACACCGACGUCAACAACCGCUGCGACAUGUGCGCGGACAACCGUAAUGGCGAGUGUCCCAUGCACGGACCGCUUCACUCCCUGCGGAGGCUGGUGGGCACCAGCAGCGCCACCCCGGCACCGCUCACUCUUCCCGACGUUCCCGACUGGCUCAGAGAGCUGCCCCGAGAGGUGUGUCUGUGCACCAGUACACUCCCCGGUUUGGGUUACGGAAUCUGCGCCGCACAGAGAAUUCCCCAGGGUACCUGGAUCGGACCCUUCCAGGGCACCCCCCUCAUGCUGGACAAAGUCCGCUGCGGAGGCACCAGGAACACGCGGCACUUGUGGGAGAUUUAUGACUCCGAAGGAACGUUGUGUCACUUCCUGGAUGGCAACGAUCCGACGAAAUCGAGCUGGAUGAGGUACAUCCGAUGCGCCCGACACUGCGGAGAGCAGAACAUGAUGGUCGUUCAGUACAGGUCGAGCAUCUUCUACCGGGCGUGCCUGGACAUCCCUCGAGGAAGCGAGCUCCUCGUUUGGUACAACGAUUCGUACACUUCCUUCUUCGGAAUUCCGCUGCAGUGUGUCGCUCAGGAUGAAAACCUGAACGUCCCCGCGUCUGUUUCGGAGGUGAUGUCUCGCCAGGAGUCCUUACUACAGCAACAACAACAAGCACCCUUUGGCAAGAGCGGCAAAGCCACGGCGUCCUUGUCGUCGUCCGUGCGCUCCAUGGUGUUUCCUCAGAUGUCGUGCAGCAGAGGUUUCUCCGUGCUGGACAAGAGCGGAGCGCCCUUCCCUUCAUCCGAGUCGUCCUUUAGCCAGCUGUCCUCCAAGAACCAAAGAGUCUUGGCCAGUCCCACGUCCACCAGCCAGCUCAGCAGCGAGUUCAGCGACUGGCAUCUGUGGAAGUGCGGACAGUGUUUCAAGACCUUCACGCAGAGGAUCCUGCUACAGAUGCACGUCUGUCCGCAGAACCCAGACAGGCCGUACCAGUGCGGCCACUGCUCGCUGUCCUUCUCACAGCCAUCGGAGUUGCGCAACCACGUGGUGACGCACUCCAGCGACCGGCCCUUCAAGUGCGGCUACUGCGGACGCGCUUUCGCCGGCGCCACCACGCUCAACAACCACAUACGCACACACACCGGCGAGAAGCCCUUCAAAUGCGAGCGCUGUGAUCGCAGUUUCACUCAGGCCACCCAGCUGAGCCGUCACCAGAGAUUACCCAACGAAUGUAAACCCAACAGCGAGGGAUCAGUGGGAGGAGACUCCAUAGAGGUGGACUAGAAUGCAAGGCAGGUCGGCAGAACUCAAAUCUCACCGGCCCCAACCAAAUUCUCCCUUUGGCCGCCGUCUUCAUUGCGAGCUUUUCUACCGCUGCUCACAUCCAACGAGACUUUCGCUACGCAUGGAAUUACCUUACAGCACAAUAACACAUUUCUUCCACAGUUCUACAAAAAAAAUGUUUCACUGAUGUUGUACCAAAGUUCUUCCACAGUGUUACAGAAGUCCUACCAAUGUUCCAGCAUUUUUUUUGUUUGUUUUUUUACCAAAAGCUACCACCAAACUACUACCAAUGUCAUACCAAAGCUCCUGUGAAUUAAUUUCUACCAAAGUUCAACUGCUUCCAAAGUUCUCAAAGGUUUUACUGUAGUUCUUUCGAUUUCCAAGUCUACUUAUGUUGGGCCAGCAUUCUACUAUAGUGCUACACUACCAAAGUUCCACAAGAUUUAUUUAACCCUGUUUUUCUUUUUUUUGUCAACCAAGGUUUGCCUAAAGUAUACGAAGGUUCUGCUAGAAUUGUAAUUGUACUGGUGACACCAAAGGUCUACCAAAUUUCCUUCAAUGUUACACCAAAGUUCUACCAAAGUUGUCCUAUUUCUUCUGGUUAUACCAGACGUCUGUCUACCACUAGUAUACUGAAGUUAAACUAAUCAUCAACCCAACUUCUUUGAAGGUUAUGCAAGGUUUUUCCCAAAAGGAUGUUUCACCAAAGUCUAUGAACACAUUCUGCAAAGGCUACACCAAAGUUUUUUCCAAAUUGUAUCAGAAUGAUACUUGUUAUACCAAAGAGUAACCCAGCUGAAAUGCUGCCAAUGUUAGGUUCCGACAAAUUUACCCAAUAGUUCUCAAUUUUCACAUACUCGCUAAACUUGUAAGUUCUACCAAAGCGCCACAAGUUCCAAAGUGCUACAAUAUGAUUGCUGAAAUUUUACAACUGUCCUCAUGAUCAACUUGAGCUCCACCAAAGUUCUACAAAAUAUCCAGCAGCAUUCCACUACUGUUCUACUUAAGUUCUUCUAAGGUUCUGUGGUCUGUCAAGAAGGAACAACUUCAAGAGGGCACCGCGGCUAGGACCUUUCCUCUCGAAUGAGACGACGGAAGGUUUGACGCCUCACAAGCACACCAAAGAUUGUCUGACAUCAUGUAGGUAAAAAAAAAAUAUUUAAAAAAGGAGGCGGAGACGCUAAAGCAAACGUCAUGAACAUUUAAAAAAGAAAAAAAGAUAUUUAUCUUGUGGCGGCACUUUGACUUAUUUAACUUUGUGCAUACUUCGCUUCACACAUGACCUUGUCUUCCAUUUAUAUCAUCCAAUUAUGUGUUUUUUUUAGUGUGUUUUUGUACCAAAAAGAAGAAAAAGCACACUUGACACAGCAGUUUUACAGGCCUUUGACAUCAUUGAUCUAUUUUUUGGGAUUUUUUGCAAAUUAUCCACUCACUUUCUGUCUCAGAGCUGAACUCACGAAAUGAACAAUAAAGUUGGGAAUACAAGCGUAUAGGAUUAUCUUUUGGUUUGGGGUGUUGAAUAAUUUUUUCACCUUUAUCUGCUCAGAAAGUAGGUCCACGCCUACCGAUAAAUGGGACGAAAUUGAGCGUUCUUCUUUUUGGUCAAAAUUCCAAUUAUCAGGUGGUGUGAGUGGUUUCUCCUUGAUAAUUUGCUAAAACAAAAAAAAGUAGGUUACAUACAUGCUGAUAAUUGGACCUUUGGAGGAUCAAUUCUCCCUUGUCAGCAAGUGAAUGAGUUGCCUGAGAUAGGAAGUGGUUGCGAAAGGUUUGUAUGUAUGAAAAAAAAAACAUGUCAAAGAAACGAUGCUGUUUGUCUCGCUCACGUUUGCAUGAUUUGAAAUUAAAAACGUAAGACCUGAAGAAAACGAGGUCUAAAAUAAA